UCGCCUUCUUUCCAGAAUCCUGUCCUCGUCUUUUCUUAUCCCCUGAAAAUUUCUCUCCGUUUCUCGCUUUCCAAACAAGUCUACCAUGGCCUCCCUCAAGCAACAAAAUCGUGAACAAUCCGAUAUCGAUCAUCAUGUUAAGGAUGGAGAUAAGCGGAAGCUAAGCUCGAGUAGUUUAGUCAUGUUAAAGAAACCGAAACUCGAGCAAUUUGAUUCGAUUGUGCCGGCUGGAUUUCUUGCUCGUAUCCGCACCCUGCCGGAGAGUUCGCCGGGGCCCUUUGUUGUUGUAGUUAAUAAUAAUAAAGAAAGCAGUAAUCAAAUAGUUAAGGCUCCGUUUGUACGCAGUUGCAAGCAGUUCUGGAAAGCAGGAGAUUAUGAGGAACUUAGUGUCUCCGAUUAUACCUAUUCUUCUGUUGGGAUGGAUCAUGUAAGGGUGCACCCAAAAUUUUUGCAUUCGAAUGCAACUAGCCAUAAGUGGGCAUUGGGAGCUUUCGCAGAGCUUUUGGAUAAUUCUUUAGAUGAGAUUUGCAAUGGAGCCACUUAUGUUAAUGUAGAUGUGUUGAAAAACCAGAGAGAUGGUAGCGUGAUGCUGCUAGUGGAAGACAAUGGUGGUGGAAUGAAUCCUGAUAAGAUGCGGCAGUGUAUGUCUCUUGGAUAUUCUGCUAAAAGCAAGAUGGCAAAUACUAUUGGUCAAUAUGGAAAUGGGUUUAAAACAAGUACUAUGAGGCUUGGAGCUGAUGUUGUAGUGUUUUCACGUUGUAAUGAUGGGAAGAGCCAAACACAAAGCAUCGGAUUGCUCUCUUACACAUUUUUGACCGCAACAGGAAAGGAAGAUAUUGUGGUUCCUAUGAUUGACUUUGAGAAGAAAGAAGAAGCUAAUUGGAAUAAGAAAAUAAGAUCUUCACUGAAUGAUUGGAAUACCAAUUUAGAAAUCAUAUUGCAGUGGACACCAUUUCUAACUGAAGAAGAUCUUUUCCAGCAGUUCAAUUUCCUGGAAGAUCAAGGUACACGCAUCAUAAUCUACAAUCUUUGGGAGGAUGAUGAAGGAUGUUUAGAGCUGGAUUUUGACACCGAUCCACAUGACAUACAAAUCAGAGGAGUCAACCGAGAUGAGAAGAAUAUACAAAUGGCAAAUCAAUAUCCCAACUCGAAGCACUUUUUAACUUAUCAACAUUCAUUAAGGAUUUAUGUAUCAAUUCUCUACCUCCGACUUCCAACUGGCUUCAGAAUUAUCCUGCGUGGAAAGGAAAUCGAACAUCAUGACAUAGUGAAUGACAUGAUGGAAGCACAGGAGAUAAUAUACAGACCUCAGCAUUUACCUGAGGGCAUGUCAAAGAAACAUGAAGAUGUAGUCGCUAAAGGAAUGAUGGGGUUUGUGAAGGAUGCUUGCCACCAUAUUGAUGUUCAGGGAUUUAAUGUUUACCAUAAGAAUCGACUCAUCAAGCCUUUCUGGAGGGUGUGGAAUCCUGCUGGAAGCGACGGUCGUGGGGUAAUAGGUCUAAUAGAAGCAAAUUUUGUUGAACCAGCUCAUGAUAAACAAGGUUUUGAGCGCACAAUUGUGCUUCAAAGACUGGAGGGAAAGCUAGUUUCGAUACAAAGGGACUAUUGGACUAAAAAUUGCCAGUUGAUUGGUUAUGCCCCAAGGCGGAAUCUCAAGAACCAAAUUUCAUCGAGAACUGAAUGUUCUUUGAGCUCAAAUAAGGAUGGACAGGGCUCUGCUAGAUGUGGAAAAAGAUCUCCAACAGAUGCAAUUAGUCCAAACCAGCAAAGUUCUAUUACUGGGAAUCAACGAUUUCCACCAGCUAAUGCAGUUAAUCAGAAUGCCCAAGCCUUUAAUAAUAUGGACUUGAAAUCUCCAGCAGAUGCAAUUAGUCCAAAUCAGCAAGGAUCUAUUACUGGGAAUCAACGAUUUCCACGAGCUAAUUCAGUUAAUCAGAAUGCCCAAGGCUGUAAUAAUAUGGACUUGAAAUCUACAGUAGAUGCAAUCAAUCCAAACCAGCAAGGUUCUAUUACUGGGAAACCGAGAUUUCCACCAGCAAAUUCAGUUGAUCAAAAUGCACAAGGCUCUAAUAAUAUGGACUCAAGGCUGAGACAUAGUUUGCAAUUUGGUGAAAGUCCAUCACGCAAUCUAAACGAUGGUGAGGCAUCCCUUGCUCCUGCACGUCCUCUGCGUGAUUCUGCAGCAUCCGGAAGAAGUCACUCAAUCAAUGAUAAUGGACAAUCUAACAACAAUGGUAAUAUAAAGGGAGUAAAUCACUUGAAACAAAAUGGUCCAGAAUCAACGGAGAGGUUGAAUGGAGGGGAAAGGGUGGAUCAGUUGACUAUAAUGCUUCGGGAGAAAACAAUAGAGUGUGAGGCUGUAAAAGAGAAAGCAGAACGGUUGGAUCAUGAAAAUCACGCUCUGGUGGAUAUCAUUGAGGGUGAAAGGGCUAGUUGGGCCACAGCAGAAGAGGAAUUGUUGAAGAGAUUGGAGGACGCUUUGAAGACCAUUGAGCAUCUGCAAGAGAGAGUGAGGCAGCUAGAAGGGAGCAAAUUACAGAGCUGCAAAAUUGAGCAGCAGUAAUUAUCAGCCUUGAUUUCGUUCAAGAUUGGUAGUCCUUGAAAUUGAUUUCAGCAAAAGACGUUGAUUCAGCAAGCGCAUAUGUACAAUCUGUUGAGAAUAUUCCUUUCAUCAGACUGCUGUUUGUUGUGUGCGUGACAGCCUGUAAUAAUUUAAUCAUUUUCCUUUGCCAAAUCCCAGAAAAAGGCCUUACAGAGAAAUGUAUAGGAAGCAACAGGGAGCACAGUCCGAAAUGUAUAUUAUUCAUAGUCAACUUUUGAGAAUUUUGUGUUGUUGGGUUAAUUAAGAUUUUACUAGCAUGUUUGAGUUGUACUGCUCUCUUAUGAAAAUAGAAAAGACAUUCAUAUUUUUUUAA